UAAUAUUAAUGGAGAAUAUAUUUGAAGAGAGAUACAUAGCAUAGCCAUAAUUACGCAGCAGCACAAAUUGAGACAAGACGGUUAGUUCAUUCAUUCAAUCAUACAUUCCAUACGUAGAACGAACGAGCAGAACCCUCUCUCCCUUUCGCCGCACCACCCAUUCAUCGUUUCUCCGAUCAUUCCGAUUCUCUUCCUCAUUCCAGUUUUUUUUCAAUCAAUCCUGUGUGAUUCCACAGCUUUAAUCCCAAUUUGCAGUUUGCGAAAUGGCAUGCUCGGCCAUGGCCAAGGUUAUCAAUCAUCCUCUUUCAAUCGCUUCUUCCAGAUCCUCCCAAAAGCCUGAUUCUCCAUGUAAAUCGCUGCAUUCUUCUUCUUUCCUCGGUUCCUUCAAAUCUCCAGGAAAGAGGCUGUUCGCUGUUCACAAGAGGGGGGUCCCGUCCCUGAAUCGCCCAUCCGCCAACGUUGCUGCGGUCUCCUCGGAUGUCGUUGAGGAGACGACGCUCAAAUCCAGCUCUGCCGCCCCCAAAUUGCCCAUAUGUAGAGACGAAUGCUUGGUAUUAUACGAGGACAUGGUGUUGGGAAGAGCAUUCGAGGAUAUGUGUGCUCAGAUGUAUUACCGCGGCAAAAUGUUUGGAUUCGUUCAUCUGUACAACGGCCAAGAAGCCAUAUCGACUGGUUUCAUCAAGCAAUUAAAGAAGCAAGAUUGUGUGAUCAGCACGUAUCGCGAUCAUGUACACGCAUUGAGCAAGGGUGUCCCGCCUCGUGAGGUCAUGAGCGAGCUCUUUGGCAAGGCCACUGGUUGCUGCAGGGGCCAGGGCGGCUCGAUGCACAUGUUCUCCAAGGAGCACAAUGUUCUAGGUGGCUUUGCCUUCAUUGGAGAAGGCAUUCCAGUUGCGACCGGGGCUGCCUUCACGAGCAAGUAUAAGAGAGAAGUUUUGAAGGAGGAUUGUGACCAUGUUUCUUUGGCUUUUUUUGGAGACGGGACUUGCAAUGUUGGCCAGUUCUACGAAUGUCUGAACAUGGCUGCGUUAUGGAAGCUUCCUAUUGUGUUUGUUGUCGAGAAUAAUUUGUGGGCAAUUGGGAUGUCCCAUUUAAGAUCGACGUCUGAUCCUCAAAUCUGGAAGAAAGGUCCUGCAUUUGGGAUGCCGGGGGUCCAUGUCGAUGGUAUGGAUGUAUUGAAGGUGAGAGAUGUCGCAAAGGAGGCUAUUGGAAGGGCUAGAAGAGGCGAAGGUCCUACCCUGGUUGAAUGCGAGACCUACAGAUUCCGAGGACACUCUUUGGCUGAUCCUGACGAGCUUCGCGACCCUGCUGAAAAGGCUCAUUACGCGAAAAGAGAUCCAAUCGCUGCAUUGAAGAAGUACAUGCUUGAAACCAAACUGUCGAACGUAGGAGAGCUGAAGGCCAUUGAGAAGAGCGUCGAUGAAAGAAUUGAAGAUGCAGUAGAGUUUGCAGAUAAAAGCCCAGCUCCUCACCGUAGCCAGUUGCUGGAGAACGUAUUCGCCGACCCCCGGGGAUUCGGAAUCGGACCUGACGGAAAAUACAGAUGUGAGGAUCCUAAAUUUACUGAAGGCACUGCUCAGGUCUAAAUGAACUGCUGCAAUUCCGGCAAGGUAGGCUUCUACUUAGCAAUAAUUUUUGGUGCAUUUAGGAUAUAUAUAUAUAUAUAUAUAGAUAGAUAGAUAGAUACAUUAUCUAUAUACAGGUAAUGUAGGUCUUGUUACUUUUAUAUAUUUAAAUAUCUAUUACGCGAGAAUCAGCAACUGCUACUUAUUAAAUGUACUAUCCAUGAAGUGAUUUAUGAGCCAUCCUAAUAAGGGAGUUGCACCGGAGCCAGUGUUAUUUUGCCGAGGGGGCUAAACAGUUACACUAAGGUCGAAAAAAUCA